UAGAGAUAAAGCCGGGAGACUGAGAAAAUGCAGACCACCGGGGCAUUACUCAUUCCUCCGGCUCUGAUCCACUGCUGUACCAGGGAUCUAAUCAGGCCUUUGUCUGCCUCCUUCUUGAGUAGGCCAGAGAUCCCAUCUAAACAGCCAUCCUACAGCAGCUCCCCACUCCAGGUGGCCCGACGGGAGUUUCAGACCAGUGUUGUCUCCCGGGACAUUGACACAGCAGCCAAGGUUAUUGGCGCUGGGGCUGCCACAGUUGGUGUGGCUGGUUCAGGGGCUGGUAUUGGGACAGUGUUUGGCAGCUUGAUCAUUGGCUAUGCCAGGAACCCGUCUCCCAAGCCGCAGCUCUUCUCCUAUGCCAUUCUGGGCUUUGCGCUGUCUGAGGCCAUGGGGCUCUUCUGUUUGAUGGUCGCCUUCCUCAUCCUCUUCACCAUGUGA